AUGGAGGGGACGGAGAAGCGGAAGCUCCCUCUUUUUCGCUCCACCAAUCCAAUUGACCGCCGCCGCACAUCCACCGUCCACUGGCAUCGCGGCCUCCGCUCAUUCCUCUACCUUGUCGCUUGGAUCUUCCUAGUCUUGGUUGUCAUUGGCAACAUUGCCGAUAAGCCAGUUUUACGCAAUACCUACUUCCUCUACCUGGAUCUCUCUAACAUCAUCCCUGUGUCCAUCCCUAAUGCCGUCCUGAUCAACUCCAUCGCCCAGACCAUUGGUCUGCAUGAUUUCUACCAGGUGGGCAUGUGGAACUACUGUGAGGGGUACAAUGCAGAUGGAAUCACCCACUGCUCCAAGCCGGAGACUCUCUAUGCCUUCAAUCCUGUCGAAAUUAUCUUGAAUGAGCUAUUGGCCGGCGCAAGUAUUGCGCUCCCGUCGGACAUCGAAGAGCCCCUGAACCUCGCCCGCGUCGCCUCACACUGGAUGUUUGGACUCCUCCUCGCAGCAGCCGUCCUUAACUUCGUCCUUAUUUUCGUCGCCCCGUUAGCUGUCUCGUCGCGACACCCGCGCUACAUAAAGAACUGGGCAGCUGGAUACAACAACACCGAGAAUGGCAACGGCGGCAGCGCAUCGGGGCAACCACCCCACCGCCGUCGCACCUUCAUCUGGCUCCGCGCCUUCCCAAUGCUGAUCCUCACCUUCUUCACCGCACUCGUGACAAUUGUCGGCUCUGCCGUCGCAACAGUCAUGUUCGUGAUCUUCGCCAACGUCUUCGCAAACGCCGACCCAAGCAUCAACAUCAAGGCCCACGUCGGCACCCAAAUGAUGGUUUUCAUGUGGAUUGCCUCGGCCUUCUCCUUGCUCGCCUUCAUUCUCCAAAUCGGCUCCUGCUGCGCAGCCUGCUGUCGUGGCCGCAAAGCCCGCAAGCAGCUCAAGUCACAGGGCAUCAAUUACCGCGAGAAGGGUUCCGCUCAUACCAGCACUACAGAUACCCCGCUACAGCCGACAGAUCAGGCUGUGUCUUCGGGCAGAGAUCUUCGCUCGGACAGCCCUGUGAGCCCUGCUGAGCCCCGUCUCAGCUCGAGUGGCCAUGCAUUCUCGAACGAGCAUGAGCAACGGCUUGGCUCGAGUGGGAACGGUUAUGCCGAGCAUAAUGGCGCUACAUUCUCUUCCCAACAUCAUUCUUCGACUGAACCUCAUGCUGUCUCAAAAUGA